GCAAAUUGAUCAAUAUUCACGCGCGGACAACGUGUCUUUUGGGAAUAUACCUCCCCAUCGUUGGAUAUAAAUGAACGCAACGACUAAAUUGACUCACGGCUGGGUUAACUCGCCAGACGGACGAGGUACGAUCGACAUUAUAUGGAGCUGUGUUGCCACCAUAUUCUUGUGCAGCUGGGCGGUCUUAUUCCUAAAUGUUCCUCGCAAACCUGGACAGAGGCACUUCCUUGUGACAAAGCUUUCGUGGGUCGCUUUCACCAUUUUUCUGCCUGAGGUUUCGGCAGCAUUCGCGUAACAGCAAUGGAUCUCAGCCUCUCAAUCAGUCUCGGACUUCUCGCAGGCCGGCUACUCGCAAUGGUCACUCAGACAUGCCUUUUUCGCGGACAUGGGUGGCUUCAUGCUAGAAUGCCCUGACUACGUGCCAUUCCCUGUCGACGCCCAUCAAAUAUAUUAUCUGGUUACCAACGGCUUCAUGGUGUUCCCUGAAAUCGAAAAGAAAGCUAUUUGGGAUAAGAACAAGGCAGAUGGCUUUGCCCGCCUCCUCACCUCGAUACAGGUGUGUGGGUUUGCCCUUCAGUGCCUGGGGCGCGCUAUGCAGCGUCUACCAAUCUCAACUUUGGAACUUUCUACCAUGACGUUCGUUUUCUGCACCUUGCCCACAUUCUUCUGGUGGCGUCAUAAGCCUCUCGACGUUGCCACGACAAUUCCUAUCUGUCUGAAGGAUCAAGUCAAAAUCAAAGACGUACUCCAAUCUGCGGACGCCCGUGCAAGCAGACCCUUCAGAUCCACUCCUCUCGACUUUGUUAACCCACGACCCUCUCGAUUCGACUUCGUGGGACCCGUUGUAUGGGGUAUCGAUCUGCUUUUUGGUCUGGGUGGAGCUCGCAAGUAUGGUCCGAUCACGUCAUUCCGAAAUAGCACACGAAACCCUCCAAGAGAUGCGCGAGUACUGGAUUGGGUAGUUAUCUCAACCAUCUCCCUAACGUAUAUGGGCCUCUAUUUUAUCGGGUGGAACUGGGCGUUUUCCACAGUCCUUGAACAACAACUUUGGCGCGCCGCAACUUUGACUCUCUUGGCAUCCUUUUUGUCCUACGGGAUAUUAUUCAUCAUCAUAGCGUGGUGA